AUGACUACUGAAGCCACUUCCGAAAAGAAGCCACGUAAGAGAAAGGCAACCGAGGAAGUCGAGCGUAAGACGAACCCGGGACGUGCCGCGAAAACAAAGGCCGAAGAAGCUAAGGCUGCUGCUUCUACUUCUGCAAGCUCUGCCUCGGCAUCUAAGAGUAAAACCACGACCAAGAAACAAAAGACAGAGAAAAAAAGUGAUCUUCCCAAACUUAAAGUGUUUAUGGAAAACGCAAAGGACCUCAAGGUGGUGAUCACUCAGCCAAUCGAGAGUGAGGAGGAUCGGAGUGCCGAGGACAAGGAUAAGGAAGGCGAAGAAGCAAAAACUGCGGAGAAAGCCGAGACUUCAAAGAAUGGAGACAGCGCUGCCGGUGAACAUUUAUACACCUUGGAAGCUAAACCUCAGAAGAAUAGUACAGGCAGUUAUGGCUGGACAGCGACUAUUCCAAAAGGGAAAAUCAAGAUUCAUAUUGAUGGAAAGGAGGUGGAGUUACCGGUCACUGUUAAUCUCAACAUUACCGUUCAAGGGUCGAAGAAAUGA